GCCCCGUCCUGCAGCUCGCAUGGCGGGCAGCAGCAGCAGCAGGCGGCGAGGAGGAGGAGGCGGCGGCGGCGGCGAGGAGGAGUUGGGAGUCGUGGCGGCCAUGGCGGGCAGCGCGGUGAAGGGGAUCUUCCGGCAGGCGCUGAGAACCUUCAGCAAACCCUCGGGGAGGGCGGCGGCGGCCCGGGGCUCGGACCCCGCGGCCUUCGCCGAGAACCUCGCGGCCCUGCGCGCCCUCCUGGACGCGGUGCGGCCCGAGGACGUGAACGUGGCGCCCGGGAAGGGAGGAGACGGAGUCGAUGAGGAUGAGGACGACGGCGGUGGGUACUCGAUGUCCGGGGGGUUCGGGCCACCCCCCGUGAGCUACAUGGAGAUCGCCGAGGGGGUCCACUUCUCCAUGGGGAUCUUCGUGCUGCGGGCGGGGGCCUCAAUCCCGCUGCACGACCACCCGGGCAUGCACGGCCUGCUCAAGGUCCUCUACGGGGAGCUGCGGCUCAGCGAGUGGGACCGGGGGCCCCGGCGGGAGCCCGCGGGGAGCCGCGCCGCCGCGGACCCCGCGCCCCCCGAGUUCAAGCCGCCACUGCGCGCGUGGCAGCGGCCCCUCGUGCGUGCGUCGCGCUACCACGGGCAGCAGCGCCUCUCCGCGCUGGCGCCCUGCCGCCUGCUCACGCCACACCGCGGCAACCUGCACCGCGUGGACGCCGUCGGUGGCCCGGCUGCCUUCCUCGACAUCCUGGCGCCCCCCUACUCCCCGGACACGGGCCGCGACUGCCACUACUACCGCCCGCUCGUGCCGGCCACCGCCACGCCGGGGCGCGGCCUCCUCCCCCCGCAGUCCACCGCGCCGCUCCACCACCGUGAUGAUGGCAGCAACGACGACGACCAUGGUGGUGGUGGUGAUGAGGAUGAUGUAGGGGAGUCCUGCUGGUUGCUGGAGAUUCCGCAGCCAGCUGAGUUUUGGUGCGGGUCGCAGGAUUAUCCGGGCCCGCCGGUCAUCUAGGCUCACCGAGGAUCACUUGCCGAGGAUCGGCAGUGAGAGGACUCUGUGAGAUGGCGACGAUGGUGAUAAUGAGUUAAGGUUAGAUGUCGUGAUUUUUCAGUUGCCAUUGGCCGAGUGAAGAAUCGACAUUGAAGUUAAUCUGCAAGGUAAAGGAAUCAAUAGUUAUCACUGUGUGUGUACUAGUGUUCUGCGUAGAAAUAGGGCCCACGUCUAACAGAGAGGGUCCGUGCCUAUAAACAUCCGGCAGAUCACCAGCAUUGGUUCAAGCGAGCCUGGCUCUGCUGAUGAGACACUGCAUGUCGAAACCGGUCCAGUCUGCUUGAACUGAAUCAAUGCUUCCAAAUUGUAACACUUGCAGAAUGUCGUAUAGAAUCUACAUAUCUAUAACUAAACACACAUGAAUCAGAAUAAUCAAGUGUGACAAAUAUAUUUUGAAUUAACCCGAAACCAGUUCCUUAUCAUUAUUGCCCUUGUAAUUAAUUAGCACUUAUUUAUAUCUCUGUAAAUGUACAUAAAUUAGUGUGCGAGGUGUGGGGAGUGGUGGGACAGUGGUUUGCACACUGCACUAUGAACCUGGUGACCAGAGUUUAAUUCCUGCUCAUGACGAAUGAGUGGCAAAUAUUUUAACCAGUCCUGGGCCUCCCCUAGGUCAACUCGUCAUUAAAUGAGUACCUGGUGCGGUGUCUAAACAUCACCACUGAGAAGACAAAGGCAGCCGGGACACCCACCCCCUCGUGUGCCAUGCUGGCCUUAAUGGGUGCUCUCCUAACAGCACUUGCCCCAACAGCGAGUUAAAUACUUUGGGGGUCUUUGAUAAGUGUGAGUAUGGCUGUGUACACUAUUUAACAUCUGUGACCAAAUAGUUCCAGACGCUUUACAUGGCUGUACCAGAGGAAUUUCCAUCAGGUACAGAUACAAUGGGAGGCUGAUCGAUGGCCAGGUGUAAUCAACCAUGUAAUGUAUGCUGAUGAACUGGUAAUUGCGAUUGACUUGUUGGAGUUGGACGCUCUGCUGCUGAACCUGGAGCGUGCUACUAAAAGGUGGGGGGCAUUGCCAUCAGCCCAACAAAUCACCUUCCUGGGUAUUUUGUUUCGUCAAACACUCCACCUACUCCACUCCCCAUGAUGGGGCAGUUGUGGAAACGUUUUCAUACACAGUGUGCUUAUGACUAAUUCUGGUUUUGCAGCAGAGAUCUUGCUACACAUCCGUUGAGCGACAUUCUCUUUUCAUCAGCUGUGUGACACUGUGUGGAAUCAACCUGGUCUAUCACUCCACACUUAGCUGUAGGUCUUCUCAGACAGUUAUGCCCUCCCCUCUCUAUGGUUGCAAAACAUGGAUCCCUUUGAAUGAACAUCUGUGCCGGUUAUAAACAUUCAGGCUGACCUGCUUAUGAUCUAUCCUGGGUUUAAGCACACUGGAUUGUGUGAGUUCACAGAUCCUUGAAAGAUCUGGACAGUCCCGUCAGUGAGCUCCUCCGGCAGGCAAGGCUGCCUUGGCUGGGUCACGUAGCCUCCAUGCCCAGCCACCACAUGCCCAAAUAGCUUGUUUGGCCAGAUGAGGGGGCUGAUGUGGUACUGGAGGAUAUACAGUUGAAUGGAUUUGCCGAUGACUGGUACCAGUAGUCUCAAGAUCAGCCUCUGUGGAGGAGGUUCGUGAAUGACGCUACUGGGGAGCUGGAAGCAGUCGCCCUCCAAGAACAGUGGAGGACAGACAAGCAACGCUCACAACAAUGAGCGACACACCAGCAGGAUAAAACUCAGCAAGUUGGCGCAGUAGGGCGCACAGGUGGUGCAUCUGCCAGUCAUCUGUCAACCCAUGGCACCCAGGACUGUCUGGAGACCGACCACCGAGCCCUCAAUACUUUGGUAGCCUCAAGGUACACCUAGCCUGGCACAACCGCUAUGGUGAUGUCACUGCUACUUGGUGGGGAAUGGCGACUGCUGCUACGGUUCUCCGCUAGCCAAACACUCGCACAUCAGCGUGACCUUUCCGGGGAAGGUGAUGUGCGUGGCGACUGGAUGCCCAAACUUGCGCCAAGCGGACGGCCGCGUCCCCCAUGUCUCGUCGAGCUCCCAACACGCACAAAGAAACGUCGGACAUUGGUUGGAGGUUCACGGUGGCCGUGACCAGAGACACGUUUGAUGCCGACCGCGACCACAAUAAAAUCUGGAGAGAACUCGA